AAAGAACGUAUCUUCCCUCCAAACAGGCCAGUAAUUUACACUUCCGGUUCAGAUAUAUCUAUGUGCGUUUUGUAUUAACAAAAGAAGUUAACCAGCAGAUACAAGCACAUGGCACUGGAGGACCGUUAGCCAACAAAGCAGAAAAAAAUAAUAUAAAAAGACGCUAACCAAAAAAAAUAAAUUCCUUUGAAUAAGAAUUUAAUAAAAAAGUUGUUUAAUUAUUUAAAAAAUGUAUAUAUUCAAGCCGCAUGUCUUUACUGAACACUCUUUAAACAGUAUUGUAAAUCCUAAAGGAAGAACGGACGCAAAUGUACGAUGUGAUGGUAAAAAUUUAUAUAUUUACCAACGCGACUAUACACAUCAUGUAGAAUUUCAUUACAUCUGGGCGUACAAUUUAGCUGGACAACAAUGGAGAUUAAUAAGGAAUGAAAGUAUUUCAAGACAAUUACAUGAUGAUGAUGAUUCAAUUCUUGGUACUAUUAAUGAAUCAAAUUAUUUAGUUGUUUGCUCAACACCUUUCGAAGACGAACCGUCAAGUCGCAAAUGUCAAUUACAUAUUUGUGAUUUAAACACCGAGUAUAUUCUUGUCCAGGGCGCGAGUGGACAAAUUCCGCAGCCUUCAUUUGCACUUAAUUUAAUUAAUCAUGGAAAAUAUUUGUAUACUGUCGGUAUCACGAGAGAAGUUGGUGAUUUUUCCGAUGUAUAUAAAUUAAAUAUGGAAAAUCUUGUAUGGGAAAUAGUUUAUAUCUGUCAAGGAGUUGAUGCCAAUGAACCAAUUGGUAGAGUAGGUCAUACUUUAGUUUAUGGGAACAAUAUGAUUUAUAUAUUCGGUGGUGAUUAUCAAGGUCCCGGACAGAAUCCAUUUUCUUUUCUCCGUAUUCCGGCAUUUGAUUUAGAAAACUGCUGCUGGAAAACAGUUAACACUCUUGGUGAUGAAAAUCACAUGCCGCAUUUUCCAACUCAAAGAGGAGAUUUCGCAGUAACGAGUUACACUGACCCAGAUUCUGGUGAAGAAAAUGUUAUAAUAUCUGGAGGAACAGUUGAUUAUAAUGAUGCCUUCAAUGAAAUAUUCAAUGAUGUCUGUAAUGAUGCCUUGAAUGAUGUCUGGAGAUUGAAUCUCACGAGUUUAAAAUGGACGUGUCUCGAAAGAUUUGGUACUGUCUUACCUCAACACAUUGAAAAUCAUUCAAUGGGUAUUUCUCCUGCUGGAAAAUUAUUUACAUUUGGUGGAGAUAUUUUUGGUGAUGACCCGGAAAAAAAAACUCGCAUUUCUUCUUUACACUCAACUUGGCUCAGGAUUCCCACACUCGAAGACAUAUGUUGGGAAGCUGUUUUCCAUUACUAUCCAAACUUGAUAUCAAUGACUGACAAAGAAAUUACUGCCCUCGGUAUCCCACCGAAAUUACUCAAGUCCCGUAUUAAUUAAUAAAAUAUUAAUUGUAUUUAUUUUUUAUUUAUAACACAAUAGCUCUCAGAAUUAUUAUCGUCAUAAAUUUAUUUGAAACUACAUUUGUUACAAGCUCCAGUAGAUCAAUCGAUCAUAAGAAUCUUUUUAAAAGUAAAACAUUUUUUACAUUCAAAAAUUUUUCAAAUAUUCAUCAACAUUUAAAAUAAAUAAUCCAACUUAAAUUAUUUUUAAAGU